CGGGACUAAGGUACAUUUGGGCAACGCUGAAGAGGCACAACAAAAUUUGGUGGGAUUGAUCGGAUGGUUGAGUGGAGACAAGUGGACACGCCAAGAAAAAGAGACGGAAUUCAUUCUCGUUGGUCCCGUUGGUCCCGUUGGUCCCGUUGGUCCGUUCGCGGUGAGUGGCCCAAAUUGGAGGUCACCUAGAUUGUGGCAGAGUGAGUGGGAGGGUUAUCCCGGUGUGAGGAUAUCUGACGGGCACGGAUUGACAUCGGAUUGGAGUGGGACGCACAGCCAGAGACAGAGAGAGACAGAGAGAGCGGUCUGAUCAAUUAUGGUGAAGAAGAGCUUUUCCGUGGGCGCCAAGGUGUGGGCCAAGGUGCGCGGGUAUCCGGCCUGGCCGGCCCGCAUUGAGAAGGACAAAGGCAGUGGCAAGUACGAGGUCUUCUUCUUCGGCACCUACGAAACGGCCAUCUGCAAACGGGACGACAUCUGGGACUAUAACCAGGAGACCAAGGACAAGUUCGCUAAACAAAAGAACAAGAAAGGCUUUGCCGAGGGUCUCUAUGAGAUCGAAAACAACCCCGACAUUCAGACGGCCGAAAAACUCAUGGCCAUGGAAGAAGAAGCCGGGCUGGAGGAGGCGGCGGGAGCUCCCGCCGCGCCCGAAGCCCCUCUUAAAAGCAGUGCCGUCUCAGACCCCGACACCGGAGCAUCGGAUGGGGUGGGCGAGUCGGAAUUGACCAUCGACGAGGGGAAAUCCGCCAAACGAGCGCCGGCUAAACGCGGUACCAAACGCCGAGCCGAGGAUUCACCGACCGUGGUGGCCACCCCUCCCCCCACCAAACAGUCUCGAGCCGCGGCCGCUGCGGCCACACCCGUCACCACUCAGCCUGAUGCGGCGGCGGCCGAAAAAAUAAGCCGAUCCGGACGCGUCAUUAAACCCAAGAAAUUCGAUGAUGAGAUCGUGCCAGAGAAGGAGGGUGACACGCCCAAUAAAUUGACCACCCCUACGACGAAUACCGCACCAGCUUCGAAAAAAGAGCCCAGGAAAAUGUGGGUUCAGGUGAAGGCCACGGGUGACAUGAUCGAGAUCAAUUUGGAUAAGGACCGACCGGUGACUUUCGAGUCGAAGGAAGCCGAGAUCCAAUGGGAAAAGGUCACCGCCAAGAACGCCCUCAAGUUCAAGGACAAAGUCGAAAGCGGUCAGUUCAUCCCGGAUGAAAUCCGAAAGAAACUUGAGCAGAAACUCAAUCGAACCCCUGAGGAGGAAGAGAUCCUACGAAAAGAGCGGGAGCUGAGCAACAAGAAGGAAAAGAUCAAAUGGUUGAAAAUCGAACAACGAUUGGUGGAUCUGGAUCUGGCCAUCAAGCAAUCGCUCCAUUACCUCCGCCCCGAGAUGGAGGCGUGUCUCGAGGCCCUGGCCGAAUUGGGCACGCUCUCUCUGACGCCGCUCAUGUUGAAGAAACAGCCCGAUAUCGUGACCACCAUCCGGAAACUGCGGAAAUACGUUGGCCCUCAGAGCGAAUCCACGCCGAAAGACACGAAUCCCUCCAAUGACGACUGGUCGAGUCGAGCUCAGGAGAUCCGAUUGAAGGCCAACCAAGUGUUCAUGAAGCUUCAAUCCACAUUCACCACUGCCGAGGGGGCCAAUUUCUGGGAGACCUUUGAGAGUCAGCUGGUGGAAUUCCGGAGCGCCACCCAGGGCAUGGAACGCAAGAAGCUACUGUCUCUCGUGGCCGAUCCCACUCAAAAGGCUACGGGGAAACGGGCCAAUUAGAUUGACUUGAACCUCGCCGUUUACGAUCGUAACUGCUUACGUAUUUGUCGGCUGUUUCUCUUAACCGCCUCGUCUCUGUCUGUUCUGAGGAGAGGUCAACCCCUGUAUUAUUCCCAAGUUUAAGUGGCCUACCCAAGCGUAGACCAAUUGGCGCCUGUAUCGAAUCCUUUGUCGCAAGUAAUAAAAUUGCCAAUAUUCAAUUUUCCAAA